GAGUCAACUUGGCCACAAGUCUGCACAGAAAGACACAGAGUAAUUUUUUCGGUGCUAAAAAUUUGUUGUAAGCAGUGAAGCGGAGAAUGGCGUUCAGUGAAAUUAUCGUCACGUUCUGUUUCCUCGUUUGUUUACAAAAUCUCGUUGCGGAUGGAGGUCCAGUUAAUUCAAAGCAAGUAGCAGAAGGAAUUGAUUAUCUGACAAAGUUUGGUUACCUGAUGAACGAUGACCCAAGAACUGGAAAGUUAAGAACAAGACAAGAUUUAGAGAAAUCCAUCAAAAUGCUUCAACGAUAUGCCAACUUGCCAGAAACUGGGCGGAUGGAUGCAGCUACUAUUGCGCAGAUGGGCAAAUCUCGCUGUGGUGUGGCAGACUACGGGAAUUACAACUCCGAUAACACGCGACGAAAGAAAAGAUACACUUUACAAGGAACAUAUUGGAAGAAAAGGGAUCUGACAUACAAGAUUAAAUCUUUCACAAGAGACAUUCCCAGCCAAGAGAAACAGCGUCAAAUAUUCAAGAAAUCCUUUGAUAUGUGGAGUGCUGCUUCAAAUAUAAGAGUCACGGAGAAUCCAUACGCCAACGAUAAAGACGUUGACAUUCAUAUCAGUUUUGUAAACGGGUAUCACGAAGACGCGUAUCCCUUUGAUGGACAGGGCGGAACACUGGCGCACGCGUUUUACCCACACAACAACUUGGGACUUUCGGGUGACGCACAUUUUGACGAUGCGGAAAGAUUUACCACAGGGACAUCUGACGGCAUCAAUUUGGACUGGGUGGCUAUUCACGAGUUUGGACAUUCUUUAGGUCUGGAGCAUUCUAAUGUGCGAGAAUCUAUCAUGUACCCUUGGUACAAGGGUUAUGUUCCUGAUGUAAAGCUCACUAAUGACGAUAUCCUGGGAAUACAACAGCUUUACGGAAAACCCAUCAAUAAACCAGGACCCACAAAUGGCCCAGCUGCGACGCCAGCACUAACAACCACUGAACCUCCGCUCCCUGAAGAAAAUGAUGUUUGUUCUAUUCCUACCUAUGACACGUUCUUUAUGGGCCCUGACAGGCGCACGUACGCGAUAAAGGGUACUCAAUACUGGAUCAUCAAAGAUGUUCCUGGUGCAGGCCUGGAGAGUGGACCUCACAGGGUUAAGGACUUGUGGAAGGAACUUCCUAACAGGAUAGACGCUGCCUACACCUUCGGUGGUAACAGGCUGGUUUUCUUCAGCGGAUCCAAGUAUUGGCGUUAUUACUACGACAGCGGCCGUGAUACAUACAGAAUUGAAUACAAAGAACGUGCUAUCACAGAAUUUGGACUACCAAUGACUCUAAAAGACAUGGACGCUGUCUUUACUUGGGGAAGAAACAAGAGAACGUAUUUCUUUAAAGGUGACAAGUAUUGGCGCUACAACGGCCGCACGAUCGAUUCUGGUUACCCAAGGAGCAUCAGUGUUUGGGGAGGAGUGCCGGCAAAUUGCAAUUCUGUUAUGAAAUGGAGAAAUGGCAAAACGUACUUCUUCAAAGGAUCAAAAUACUUCAGACUCGAUGAUUGGAGGAUUCAAGUUGAGGCUGAUUAUCCCAAGAGUAUAGCGCUGAAAUGGAUGAGAUGCGAGAAAGAGAACUUAGCCGUAGAGAAAACCACUGAAACAAGCGGGGUGGACAAAGGAGUGAACGGAACACAUAGAUACACCUGUGAUCAUGAUCACGAAGUCUCAUCUGGGUCAGCGGUCUAUCCAAGUGUUUUUACAAUUUGUUUAAUGGGUUUAGCUUUUCUUAGACAGAACUUUUAAUUUGGAGUCACUUUUGUGUAGCAGCUUAGGUACUCGAUCCCGAUAAACUUUGAAAUGAUACCUUGCUGUCAGAGUGGCUAAAGUUGGAGACGAGCGUAGCUGCAAACACGCGAUAAACGACUGUUUUAUUGAAAAAGGACGGAUUGCGUGACAAGCUACACAUAAGUCACGCCACAAUUCUUCCUUAAGAACCGAAAGCUUACAAACCUGGCUUUAAGUGUUUAGGAAUAUAAUUUAUUGCAUUUGCUUCCAUCAUUUUUUAUACCAACAGCAGACGUUUUAAAGUUCUUCUUCUUCCAACUUUUCCCUAGGAACUGAGCAGUAGAGGAAUUUUUUUCAAACUUAGGCUGUUUAUAAUUUAUUUUUACAUAUUGUGCCAUUUCUAUUUUAAUCUGUCUCUCUUGUACAUAUGAAUAAAGGGGUAAGUUUCUAAAGAAACUGUGGUGCUGCGUCGGUGGGAGAGUAUAGCAGGUAAUUUAGUGUUAACAA